AUGAUGGGAGAUCACGUUUGUAGUGGCAAACCAGCAGAGCUAUCACCACCACUUGACGCAAGCGAUGACUUUGAGAGUCUUCUCGGCAAACGAGACUACCCUUUGCAUGGCCCAACGCGGCCAGCGACCGGCUCGGCAGAUCACAGCUACCUCCAGAGCGGCCAAUUGACACCUGUGAGCCAACCCAGUGAAUCUCGAAAUGGAUCCCCAGUAUACCCUGCAAGGAAUGCGAGUCCGAGAGUGACGGGGGAGGCUUCUGAGCCUAGGCUGGCUCAGGAACCGACCUGGGAUGCACCGAAACCGAAAUCAGCGGCGCUACCCAACAGGUCCGCCGGCCACCACCUUCAUGGCGGUGACACGGAAACAGACCCGCUGGAAAAGCCGGCCAGUAACGAGCCUUUGACGAACAGGCCAGGUAGCACAUGUCCGGGCCUUUUUCAUUCCCAGCGGCGUCCUUCCGAUUCGAAUGCUCGACUCCAACGCACAGCUUCACCCAAGCACUCGGCUCGCCCGUCCCACCAGCAAGAUACUCGACGAUUGCCUUCAGGCGAUGGGAAUCAAGAUUUCGCAGCGCCGAGGAACGCAAGUUCGGGUUCCCUCGGCUGCCCCGAGUCAUUUUCCUCGCCACCGCCGAGGACAGCCCACCCAACCUCUGCUUCCGAAUACCUCCCUGGCCCUUCAGGAGCUGGUAACGGCAUUGGACAUUCGCGGAAAAAUUCCAAGGGUCCUGACACGUCGCGACGCCCCCCUCCUCGUACGAGCUUGCUUCUUCGAAGCAAAUGCAAGGGCACGGGAUCCGUUGAUUUGGCUGCCGAGUUUGGAGCGGCCAAUCCAUAUCACGUCUCGUCCGAUUCUGCAUCAUCUGGGUACUCUGACUUUAGCAUGUCAAGCCAGACCACGUCUCGGACAAGCCCUUCAAGAUCCCAAACCCACGACAGCAACCACGGCGGGGAAAGGGAAGGCGCUCGCCCAUCGGCGGCCAAGUCGAAACCCAAGCACCUGCGCAUAGACGCGGCGGCGGCAGCUCCUCCUCGAUUCGCUCACCAAAUGGUCGAAUCUCCCUUCAGCGCCUCUCCUCAGGAUCAUCUAGGCGCGUCCGCAAGAAGCCGUCGCGAUGCAAAGUCGAGUGGUGGGCGCAGCUCUUCUCCCAGGUACCCAGAGGCAUCCCCUGCUGGACACGAGCACGCCGUGGAGCGCCAGGGGUCACGCGACGCACUACCUGCUCCCACCCGCGGCGACUGCAAGGCCUGUGGGAUCGCCAUCACGGGGAAGAGCAUAUCUUCAGCGGAUGGGAGGCUCAGCGGCAAGUAUCACAAGGCGUGCUUUGUUUGCAGCACCUGCCACGAGCCGUUUUCUUCGUCCGUCUUUUACGUGCUCGAGGACAGACCUUACUGCGAGCACCAUUACCACAAGCUCAACAACAGCAUCUGCGGCAGCUGCAAUCGCGGCAUCGAGGGACAGUUUGCCGAGGACGAGACGCAGGUCAAGCAUCACGUGGGAUGCUUCCGCUGCCUGGACUGUCGCGUGUCGCUGACAGACGGCUACUUCGAGGUGGGCGGGAGCGCCUACUGCGAGCGAGACGCUUGGAAACGAAUCCAGUCUCCGCGACAUGCCGAGCAGGAGACCCAUGAUCAAAAUCGUCAUCCAACACCAGCUCGCGGCGGGAGCGGCCCUCGCGUUCCGAACGGCCUCUCUGCGCGACCGGGGCCACGACCUGGACAGGGCGUACGACCUUGUCCUCCGCCGGCAAAUGGCCUUCCCAGUGGAGGACGCAUGACUGGGGGCGCGCAUCCGCGGUUCCGAAUGAACAAGCGCAUGACGCGUCUAGGCAACAUUAACAGUUGA